GGCACCAUACCCACUUCUGUCAUACUCUGUCCGGGCUCUUUAAAAUACGAUUUCCAAAUUCUCAUGUUUUAUUUAUAAUUUACUAAAGUAGAGUGUCAGAAAUUGAUCAAUCUUUUGGUUAGUAAGUUAAAAACAACCCACUAAUAUUUAACUAUGGCAGCCAUAUCACAGAAAACUGAUUUCAAGAAAAAAGGAAUGGCUUUCGGUUUGGACAUGUACCACGCCUUGCAGCCUUCAUCAAAUAUAAUUGUUUCACCACUGUCUGUUCGUUUGGCUCUCGGGAUGGCAUAUAUGGGAGCUGCUGGACAAACUGAAGCAGAGAUGCGAAAUGCUCUGCGUAUUUACGAUGACAAAAUCGAGUCAGGAAAGGCAUUCUUUCAUCUCACUUGCAAAUAUGCCAAGAACGAGAAUAUCCGGAUCGCUAACAAGAUAUAUGUGAAUGAAGGCAGAAAAAUCAAACCUGGAAUGAUAAAGGCAGCGGAAAAGCUGUUCAGCUCGAAAGUGGAAAAUAUCGAUUUCACUGAACCAGCCGCUGCAGCUGUCACUAUCAAUAAAUGGGUGGAAGGCCAAACCGGAGACAAAAUCAAAGACAUUGUCGACCCGCAUUCUCUCGACCCGGAUACAGUCGUAAUUGUAAUUAAUGCACUUUAUUUUAAGUGCAAAUGGCAACAGCCAUUUCAGAGUGAUUUAGUCAAGGAUGAUUUCUGGUUGAAUGAGGCAAACUCUGUGAAGGUAGACAUGAUGCAAGGUGUUCGGGAAAAUCUGAAAUAUGCUGAAUUGGAAGACUUGGACUGCAUUGCUAUUGAAAAGUCAUUUGAGGAUGAGGAUUUUUCCAUGUUAAUAUUACUUCCUAAUUCGAAAAAUGGGCUUCAGAGUCUGGAGUCAAAGUUAACCGGGUUAGAUUUGCCUUCAUAUCGACACCGUUUGAAGGCAAAAAAUGUUAUGUUGAACAUGCCGCAAUUUCUAGUUUCCUAUCAAGCCGACCUCAAAGGAGCUUUGGAAAAGAUCGGAAUGCCAACAGCGUUCAAUCAGGGCAAAGCAGAUUUUUCGGAACUUGUUGAAGAUUCCUUUGGCGUGCACAUCAGCAAAGUAGUUCAUAAAACUUUCAUCGAUGUUAAUACCGGUGGAGUGGAAGCAGCAGCUGCUACAGGCGUACAGAUGAUACCAUUUCGAUCAAUGGAUCCGGCGCCAACGAUUAAUGUUUCCCAUCCAUUUUUAUUUGCUUUGGUUUCAACAAAACAUCGCUUAAUUUUCCUAGGAGCGAUACGUGAUCCCACAAAAAAGGAUUAGUCACUUUUAUAAAAAUUUCGACGACUAGAAUCAUCAGCGGAGGCGAACUAAGGGAAGUAAAUCCACAUGUUUUAAAGAAACUUCCAACAAAGAUUUCAAGCUACCAGUCACGGACACCACUUGCGUUCAUGCUGAUGCUUAAUUUUACUGCAAAUUGGUCUGGAUAUAAAUUUUCGAAAAAUCAAAUAACUUAAGAGAUAUUCCGAACUUGAAGGAUAAUUCACUGUGAAGAACCCCUUGCUUUAGCAGUAGCACAGUAGUUUUUUAGGUUGCUCCUUCUUCGGAGCGCUCCUAUCCUUUGUUAUUUUAGGUUUUAUUUGGCUUAAACAGCUUCCUAUAAAAAUAACCAGAGAAAAUUUCAAUCUAAUAAACAUUGCAUUGAAUAGCACCUUAAAA